AUGGAGCAAACAAGAGCAUCCAGAGACCUUCGACAAGGAGAUGAAGAGUUUGGUACUCGUGCCAUUGACGAGAAGACUCAUGAUUCGACUCACGUAGAGGACGUCAAGGGGAGAGAUAUCGGAGAGAUCUGCGGGCUGACCGAAGCCGAGCAGAAGAAAGUCAUACGCCGCAUCGACAUUCGUCUGCUUCCGAUUCUAGGCAUCAUGUACUCCAUCUCCCUCAUAGACCGAACAAACCUUGGGCUUGCCUUGGUCGCUGGCAUGCAAGAAGAUCUGGGACUCGCCGUGGGAAACAGGUACACCGUCAUUGUGAUGGUGUUUUUUGUUGCAUACAUUCUCUUCGAGAUACCAAGCAAUCUCGUGCUUCCGAAGGCUGGACCCGCCAAUUGGCUUUCGUUCCUCGGUGUAGGCUUUGGAGUGGUGCUCAUCGGUAUGGGCUUCACCAAGAGCUGGGGCGCGAUGGCAGUGUGUCGAGCUCUGCUGGGAAUACUAGAAGCAGGUUUCCUGCCAGGAUGCACCUAUCUGAUUACCUGUUGGUACACCCGAUUCGAAGUAGGCAAGAGGCUGUCCGGCUUUUGGAUCCUUUCCGUCCUCGCCAGCGGCUUCUCUGCAAUCUUUGCAUAUGUUCUCACCCUUCUCCGCGGGAAGAGUGGAUUGAACGGCUGGAGCUGGAUAUUCAUCAUCGAGGGCGCAAUCACCGUGCUGGUUUGUGCUCUAGGUCGGUUCAUCAUCAUUGACUUCCCAACCCAAGCCGGCAAGUUCCUGAAACCAACGGAGCAAGAGUUCAUUAUUGCCCGCAUCAACCAGGAUCGCGGCGAUGCCGAGGAGGAUGGCAUCAAUCUGGCCAGGAUUCUGCACCACCUCAUGGACUGGAGGCUGUACUUUUGGGCGUUCAAUCUCAUGGCCUCGACCCUCCCAGGAUACGCUUACUCCUACUUCCUCCCCAUCAUCCUUCGCAACGGUAUGGGCUUCAGCAGUACAGAGGCGCAACUGCUUUCUGCGCCUCCGUAUGUUCUUGCAGCUAUUGUGGCCUACACCUCUGGCUACCUCGGUGACAAGUACAAGAUUCGAGGUCCCAUCAUCGCAGUACAUCAAGCCUUGACUGCAGUCGGUAUGCUGAUUACCGUGUACGGCAAGGCUAACGGUGCUCGCUACUUUGGAGCAUUUCUUGGUAUCGGAUUUCUCCAGUUUUGCGUACCUGGCGUGCUCACCUUCCAAGCGAACAACAUCACCUCGCACUCAAAGAGGGCCGUCUCUAGUGCAACAUGCCUCAUUGGAGGCGGCCUCGGCGGCAUAAUUGCAAGCACAGCUUUCAUGUCGAAAGAGAGUCCCCACUACACUACCGGCAUCUGGACGACAUUUGCCAUCUCUAUGGCUAGUAUCACGAUGAUUAUCAUUAUGGAUAUCUACUUGUGGCGCUGCAACAAAGCAGCAAAAGCGGGGCGUCGUAGAAACGAGGGCAUGGAAGGCUGGUUGUAUACACUGUGA